AUGAUCGAUAACGAGUUCCUGAAAGGUCUGGGCACUUACGUCGGCGUACUCCUCGGGAUCUACGUCGCCUAUCGCUUGCAGCGAAGGUUGAAGCGGUGGGAGCGUCGAGAGGACGGAUGGGAAGGGGAUGACCUGGACGAAGGGAGGGCACCGGACAAGAGCUGGUACCCAGAGCGGCUGGUGUCCUCGCGGUGCCCAACCGACCUCCAGAGCCUGGUCAGGCAGUUGAAAGACGAAGAAGAGAGACCAUUUGCUUCUUUGUGCUUCUGGGUCGAAGGUCAAGGCGUUGCCAUCACCAUGCCAUUGAAAAUCCUCCUUAUCGUUUCAGGGGACAUUGAGGUGCUCAACCUCCUCGGAUCAAUUGAAUAA